AUGUUCUUGGAAUGGAAGGGAAACGCGUGGUCUAAAGGAUCAGAUAGGUCCAUAAUGAAGAUGGAGGGAGUCAGUGACCUUGUUAAUGGCCGCAAUGAAGUUACAAAACCGCGAGAGGUUGCAAAAACUGUGCAGCCAUCUCCAAGAGAGAUUGGUCGAGAAUUCGUUCGUCAGUAUUAUACUAUGCUUUCUGAACGGCCACAAGAUGUUUAUCGUUUUUACAGCCAUGAAUCUUACUUUGCACACGAUUCUGAACAACCAGUGCAAGGACAACAGGCAUCUUUCUUUACUUUAAAAAUAUUUUUAAUUUUCAUAUUAAAUGGAAUAGCUACGUUGAUGGGAAUUUUUGAAAUAUAUCUUUUUGUUCUGAAAGUGUCUCAUAUUCAUGGGACUGCGAAAGAACAUUCACCGGGGAUCAUCAAUGGCGAUCAGAAUACAAGUAUUAAUGGACAGCUUCAAAAUGUUAUAGGAUCAUCGGGUGAUGACGAACAGAGGGCAACUGAUUUGUCAGAUGAAGCUAUCAAUAUAUCAGAAGAGGAACAUGAAGAGGUUGAACCAACAAAUGAACAUGACUCAUAUGUUGUUCAUGGCGAUGAUGAUCACCAAGACAUUAUAGGCACUGAAAAGCCAACUGAAGUUACAGAUGGAAAAACUGGUGUGGUUUCGUUGGAUCAGGGACGGACAAGUGCGCCAUCUGCUCAGCAGUCUUGGGCAAAGAUGGUUAGCUCUUCAGCUUCGCAGACUGCACCACAGUAUUCUAGAACCGUAGCCCCAAACAAACCCGCCGCUCGUGGGGUUGCUGCAUCGCAACCUGUUUCAAGCAACGUACAGUCGUCACAAGGCAAUAUUACCAGCUAUCAUCAAAAAGAAUCAGAUUCAUAUGCCACUAGUGGUAAUACACAUGCUGGAACACGUUACCAAAGUGACAGCAACUGUAAACUCUAUAUUGGUAAUAUAGUUCGCACCAGCUGCCCAGACAAGACUGAGAUUGCCGAAGCGGAAAUCAAGAGCGUACUUGAACAGUAUGGAGCUGUGGCUUCGGUUAAAGUCCCCCCAAAAGCAAUAGAUAAAAGUGUUUAUCAUGCUUAUGCUUUUAUUGUUAUGAAGACGCCGGAAGGUGCUAGCAAUGUCUUUAAAGCUGCUCGGAAAGAUCAAGAGCGAGGAACAUACUACCUUAAUAUGAAGCUUAAUUGCUUCGAAUUUGAUGGAGAGGUAACGCUUUCAGCACAAAAGAACGACAGGGUGAGAACUCCAUAUAUACACAGGAAUGGACCACCUUUGCCAGGAAUGAGCCGUGGAAGCCAUACGCGUUCAGGAAUGGGAGCGCGUGGGGCGAAUCGUAACAUGUACUCGAGACCGUAUGGAGGCAGUAGUGAGCAUCGUCAUCCAGGAAGUGUUCAUACCCAGCAUGAGUAG